GGGUGCUUACUUGUUCCUCUACGGCCGGAAGACCCAGGCUCCUCCAGUGAGAGCAGUAGAUCCGCUCCUCUUUCCCCUGGAGGACCACUCCUGUGGGCUCUCAGAGGAACAAUGGAAAUCUUGGGGUUCCUGAAAUUGGAAGUGAGCGGUCCCAUGGUGACACUGGCCCUGUGUGUGGCUCUCUUGGCUCUGCUGAAAUGGUAUUCCACAUCAGCAUUCUCAAGACUGGAAAAGCUGGGCAUCAGACACCCCAAGCCAUCUCCUUUCAUUGGAAACAUGAUGUUCUUCCGCCAGGGUUUUUGGGAAAGCCAAAUGGAACUCAGGAAACAAUUUGGGCCUCUGUGUGGGUACUAUCUCGGUCGUCAGAUGUAUAUUGUCAUCUCUGAGCCAGACAUGAUCAAGCAAGUGCUGGUUGAGAACUUCAGUAACUUCACCAACAGAAUGGCAUCGGGUUUGGAGCCCAAGCCGAUAGCCAACAGCAUCCUGUUCUUGCGUGGUAAGAGAUGGGAAGAGGUCAGAGGAGUCCUGACAUCUGCUUUCAGUCCUGAAAAGCUGAACGAGAUGAUGCCCCUCAUCAGCCAAGCCUGCCAUCUUCUCCUGGCUCAUUUGCAACGCAGCGCAGAAUCCAGCGACGCCUGCGACAUCCAGAGGAGCUACUGCUGUUACACCACGGAUGUGGUGGCCAGUGUCGCCUUUGGCGCCCAGGUGGACUCCCAGGCGGCUCCCCAGGACCCCUUCGUGAAGCACUGCCGGCGUUUCUUCUCGCUCUGCAUCCCCAGGCCGCUCCUGGUUUGCAUCUUAUCCUUUCCAUCCAUAAUGAUCCCGCUGGCCCGGAUUUUGCCCAAUAAGAACCGAGAUGAACUGAAUGGCUUUUUUAACAAACUCAUUAGGAAUGUGAUUGCCUUGCGGGACCAGCAAGCAGCAGAAGAGAGGCGGAGAGAUUUCCUCCAAAUGGUUCUGGACGCCCGGUAUUCCGAGAGUGCUGUGGGCCUGGAGAACUUUGACCUUGUCCACGAAGUCCUGUCUUCUGCCAAGGGCACAGGGGAGCCUCCCCAGAAACACCAGCGCAGAGCCCCGGCCCAGCCUCUGAGUGAGGACGAGAUCGUGGGCCAGGCCUUCCUCUUCCUCAUCGCGGGCCACCAAAUCAUCACCAGCACGCUGUCCUUCACCACCUACCUGCUGGCCACCAACCCUGCCUGCCAGGAGAGGCUUCUGAGAGAGGUGGACCUGUUCAAGGAGAAGCAGCCAGAUCCUGAGUACCGCGGCCUGCAGGAAGGCCUGCCCUACCUGGACAUGGUGAUCGCAGAGACCCUAAGGAUGUACCCGCCAGCUUUCAGGUUCACACGAGAGGCUGCGCGGGACUGCCAAGUGCUGGGCCAGUCCAUACCGGCAGGCGCCGUGCUGGAGAUGGCCGUGGGCGCUCUGCACCAUGACCCUGAGUACUGGCCACACCCCGAGGUCUUCAACCCUGAAAGGUUCAGCACAGAGGCCCGGCGGCAGCGGCAGCCCUUCACAUACCUGCCCUUUGGAGCUGGGCCCCGGAGCUGCCUUGGGGUGCGGCUGGGGCUGCUGGUGACCAAGCUGACACUGUUCCACGUCCUGAGCCGGUUCCGCUUCGAAGCCUGCCCUGAAACUCAGGUACCACUGCAGCUAGAAUCCAAAUCUGCCCUAAGUCCAAAAAAUGGAGUCUUCAUCAAGAUUGUGUCCCGCUGAUGUGAAUCGUCUUGGGGAAGGAUGGAGUAUCAUUUAAUGACACCUACAAAUCGGAGUUAUGAGGGCUCCCCUACAUUCAAAGAAAACCUUCCUAUAGAGAUGUAGAUGUUUAAAGAAAUGACGGUGCCUGUCAUGUAAGCAUAGAGAGGUUAUUUACCUAACUGAUCCUAAAUGCUUAAUAAAUGUUUGUUGUACUUGGUUUUGA